AUGGCAUCAGUUAAUCAAAAAGCAAAAAUUCUUUGCACUGUUGAUGACAUUUGCUUACGAGAAAAUGUGGAUCCAAUUAUCGGCUUUGGAACACAUAGAUCAGGUGUUAUGCCAGUGGCCAUUUGCUCCACGAGUGACAAGAAACUUUUAAAAUUCCAUAGACAGAAAUAUAUAGAAUCUCUUGGACCUUGUUCGCCGUUUGAAUAUCAGAAAUGUUAUAGAUACCCAAAAGACGAAGAUUUUGGAGUUAAAGUGGUAGCUAAGAAAACCAUUUACAUGAACAACCUUAUAACAGAACUAUACGGUUCAAUGGCACCUGUCACUGAUGAUUUUUUUUCUGAUGGAAUAAGAGAAUAUUCAGUCGUGAAAUCCAUACAUACAGGCGAAACAAAACUGUGGCUUGGGCCCGCAGCAUUCUUAAAUCACGAUUGCGAGGCAAAUACAGAUAUAUAUGCAUUAGGGAGUACCAGUGCAAUAGUAAAAGCUAAUAAAAAAAUUAAACGCGGAGAAGAAAUAACUGUAUUUUACGGUGAACAUUAUUUCGGAGAAAACAACAAAGACUGUUUGUGUCAUUCAUGUGAGUAUAAAAAGAUAGGGCAUUUUCAGGUAAAUCAAGGAAAUGAACAAGGUGCCGGUUGCCCAAUGACAAAUGCAGUCUUCAGUGAAGAAGACUGCACUGAACCCAGAGACGAUGUUUUUACGUGUGAUAUAUGUGGACACAUUUUUUUGUUCAAAUGUUGGUUGGAGAGACAUAUUGCUUCCCAUAUGCAACCUAUUCAUGCAUGUGAAUAUUGCGACAGGGUUUUUAACAGGAAGGAUACCCUCAAGAGACAUAUACAAACUGUUCAUAAUAAAGUAAAGCAUUCGUGUAAUAUUUGCGAUGCUAAAUUUAGCACUACUCAUGCAAGAACUAGACACAUCAGCAGGAUUCAUAGCAUAGAGGAUAACAUAGUCCAUUGUCCAAUAUGUCCUUCAACGUUUAAUUGCCAACAAAAUUUACAAUACCACAAUAACUUAAAGCACACUCAAUUUAAACCGUAUAAGUGUAAGGAAUGCUAUAAAGGAUUUGAGACACCUUAUUUGCUGCACAUUCAUAGACGAUCACAUGAUAGACAAAGAAACGAUUGA